AUGUCUCUCAGCACCAUCGCCCUCAUCCUCGGCGCCCUCACAGCAGGCGGCGGCAUCACAGGCUACGUCCGCACGGGCUCCAUCCCUUCGGUAACAGCAGGCUGCACCGUCGGAGCCUUCUACCUUCUCGGUUCCUACCGCAUCAGCAACAAACAGAGCUACGGUGUCGAACUCGCCCUGCUGGCCAGUGUCAUUCUUGCGGGAAGCAGCAUUCCACGCGCCGUUCGUGGUGGUUUCAAGCCUUUGCCAACGGGCUUGAGUGUGUUGGCGACCAUUGGAUUGUUGCAGUUUGGUAUGGCUUUUGUUAAUAAGCAGAAGUGA